GCCCAACUCACCAAUUCAACCGGUCUGCACAUGCAGGUCAACCUAUUUGUCGUUUUUGUGACAACGUCGGCCAUAUUGUUCAACAAUGCAGAAAAUUGCAACGGUUUCUUCGUGAUAAUCACAUUCCUCAUCCUGCCUCAUCUAGUAAUCCGAUGGCUAAUUAUGUUGCUGCAUCGUCACCUUCACCAAAUCAGUCCUGGAUGUUUGACAGUGGAGCUUCCCACCACGUGGUUAAUGAUGCAACUCGCCUCCCUACAUAUGCUGAAUAUGGUGGUCCAGAUGAAGUCCACUUAGGCGAUGGAUCGGGUCACGGGGGCGCCACUACUACGCGGGGAGAACAACAAUGAUGUCUACUAUACGUCCAGUAUUCAAGGUCCUCAGCUUAAUCUUACUCAACGUCUUGCUCCAUCUCAGUGGCAUCAUAUUCUGGGUCAUCCAUCUAGUCGUGUUUUUGCCUUUUUAUUGAAUAAAAAUAAAAAUAUUUUCC